GCUACUCUAAAUUAUUGGAAGCUGGUCAUCACUAUUUGAAAAGAAUAAUGCAUCACAAUUGCCCUGUUUGCUUUGAGGAGAAAAUAGUUCUGCGUCGUCAUCGGUUCCUACUUUGUCAUCCACUGCUAUUCCAUGCUCUCCUCUCUGCUUGCGUCCACUGCGCUGUCCCCCACUUGGUCCGCUCAGGUUCGGGAUUAAAUUUGUUUGAUGACUCAACUGAGUACAUUCUCGGUGGCAGCAGACUUGGAAACAAAUUCCGCGGCUUGUCUAAGAUCCAAGCCCUUAGGAGUUCCUCAUCAGAUAAAGAGAGAGCAAACAAUGUUGCUAAGAUCAAAGUUGUGAUAUGCUUUGUGUUGCAUGUUUCUCUUCUAUGCUUCUUGUAGUUUGCAUUAUGUCUGAUCUAAUCAAUGUUCUUUUAGUUACUUUAGCAGUUACAUAUUGAUUGAGAAUGCUACUUGCUACAUCAGGUUCUUAGUCGGUAAUGGCUUGGCUAGUGUCAACAUGUAUAGAUUUUAAACUUUGAAGUUUUUGCGUGUGCAAACAAUGAAUUAAUUGAUUCUAAUUUGGAUUUGAAUUUCGUUUGGUGUA